AUGGAGAGCGAAGAUUCUUACCAAGAAAGUGAAGAUUAUUACCAAGAAAGUGAUCAGGAAGAUUAUUCCAUUGACGAGGACGAAGAGUUUAACGACGACAACAACAUUGACGACGAUGAAGAGUUUAUAAAGAACAACCAUCCUGAGGAAGAAUGUUUGGAGGAGAAGAACUAUACAGUUUUGAAGCAAGAAGAUAUUCGUCGACGUCUAGAGGAUGAUAUAGCCAAAAUUUCAUCUGUUCUUUCGGUAUCAAGAGAAGCAGCCAUCAGAUUGUUGUGCAGAUCAAAUUGGAGUGUAAUUGAAGUUCAAGACCGGUGGUUCAUGGAUGAAGAAAAGGCCCGUAAGGCUUGUGGAUUAUCAGAGAAUAAACCAGUUAUUCAGAAGACUUCAAAGAAAAAGUUCUUUUGUAGGAUUUGUUUGGAGAAAAAUGGCAAAAAGAAGGCUGUUUCAGCCGCUUGUGGUCAUCUAUUUUGCAAGGCUUGUUGGGAAACCUAUAUUAGGAUAUCGAUCAACGAUGGCCGGGGCUGUUUGAUGCUGAGAUGUCCUCAACCCUCCUGUGGCACACCGGUUGGUCAGGAUAUGAUUAAUUCUUUGGCAUCUGAUGAAGAAAAGAAAAAAUAUGACAACUAUCUUGUUAGAUCCUUUAUAGAGGACAAAAAGACUAUCAAGUGGUGCCCUGCACCAGGAUGUGAUUUUGCAGUUGAAUUCGUGCUUGGGAGUAGCAGUAGCGAUAGCAACUUUGAUGUUACUUGUGAUUGUUCACAUGGAUUUUGUUGGAACUGUUUGGAGGAAGCUCAUAGUCCAGCAGAUUGUGAAAUUGUGGCCAAGUGGAUGGUGAAAAACAGUUCUGAAUCCGAAAACAUGAAGUGGAUAUUGUACAAUUCCAAGCCUUGUCCAAGUUGCAAAACGCCAAUUCAGAAGAGUCAGGGUUGUAUGCACAUGACCUGUGCAGAACCAUGCCGUUUUCAGUUUUGUUGGCUAUGUUUAGGUCCAUGGUCGGAACACAUUACAGGAGGUGUUUACGGUUGUAAUAAGUAUCAGGAAUCCAAGGAUGAUGAAGCGAAAGAGUACAGUGAAGCUGAUAGGAGGGAAAGGGCUAAGUAUUAUAUGGAAAGAUAUGCACAUCAUUACGAGAGAUGGGCCGGUAACCAUUCCUCCAGACAAAGAGCUUUGGAGGAUAGGGAAACAAUGAAGACUGUUAAUAUUGAGAAGCUGAGUCAAAUCCAGACCCAAACCGAGGGAAUGUUGAAGUUUAUCAUCGAUGCAUGGGAUCAGAUUGUGGAAUGUAGGAGGGUUUUAAAAUGGAGCUACGCCUAUGGCUAUUAUCUACCUGAAGAAAAGCACGCAAAAAAGGAGCUUUUCGAGUUCUUGCAAGCGGAAGCAGAGGCUAGUUUGGAGAGACUUCAUGACUGUGCAGAGAAUGAACUUUUGGUACACCUCAAUGCAGAAGGUCCUUCGGAGGACUUCAAUGAUUUUCGUAUCAAGUUAGAUCGUCUGACUCGUGCUACUAGAAAUUACUUUCAUAAAUUGGUUACAGCACUAGGGAAUGGUCUUUCAGAAGUCGAUUCAUAA